AUGGACAAAAUGGCAGACAUAGAGGAAACAUGGAGAAAGAUGAAAAGUCAAACAGAUGAAAUGAAGAAACUUCAAGAACAAAUCAUCAAAGAAAAACAAGAAAACGAAAAUUAUUUAAAACAACUUAAAGAAGAAGCUGAAAUUAAGAAAAAAACACAAAAAAUUCAAAGCAUUCCUUCAGAACAAAAAGAAGUGAUUGAAAACAAACAGAAGACUUCAAAAGUUGAGUCUAUUCAAGAACCAAAACCUCUACUUCAUACCGAAACAGUACCAAUCAUUAAUUCAAAUCCAUUCAAUCAAAUACAAAAUCCAACUCUUAUACAGAAAGAAAAAACCUCAUCAAAUGCUGUACAAAAUAAUGCCCCAGCAAAACCUUUUCAAGAGAAAGAUGUACAACAAAACAAUCCAUUAACUCAACAAAAAACAGUUGUAUGGGGAAAUUCAAUCCAACCACAAGUUAGUUCACAACAACAACCAAUUUCACAACCACUAGAAGUCAAACAGACAACAACCCAACAACAAAAAGAUGAGUGGAAAGUACAAUUUCAACAAAAUACACAACAACCAAACACACAAACACAACCUCAAAAAGACAUCUGGGGAAAUCCAGUACAACCACAAAAUAAAACAUCACAAACUGGACAAAAUACACAAACACAACAAAGUCUAGUACAACAACAAAAUACACAAACACAACCUCAAAAAGACAUCUGGGGAAAUCCAGUACAACCACAAAAUAAAACAUCACAAACUGGACAAAACACACAACAACAAAAUACACAACAACCACAAAAAGACGUUUGGGGAAAUCCAAUACAGCCACAAAACACAAAACAAAAUCCAUUCCAACAACAAAACACACAACCACAACCUCAGAAAGACAUUUGGGGAAAGCCAGUACAAUCACAACCUGGACAACAACAAAAUCCAGUACAACAACAACAAAAUACACAACCUCAGAAAGAUGUUUGGGGAAAUCCAGUACAAUCACAACAACAAAACGUAACACAAAAUCCCUUUGGACAACAACAAAACGCACAACAACCACAAAAAGACAUCUGGGGAAAUCCAGUACAGUCACAAAACACACAACCACAACCUCAGAAAGACAUUUGGGGAAAUCCAGUACAACAACAAAAUGGAACACAAAAUCCCUUUGGACAACAACAAAAUGGAACACAAAAUCCCUUUGGACAACAACAAACAUCCUUUAAUCAAUUUCCACAACAACAAAAUCCUUUUUCUCAAUUUUCUAAAUUGGCAAAUGGUUCUACUAAUACACAAAUGAGCUUCAGUCGUAUUGAUCCUGCUGCUAGAGCUGCAGGUAUUCAACAAACAAAUCCACUUGAUGCUUUCAAAAAUGCAGGAUUAUUUAAAUGA